AUGGACCCAUAUAAGGUCCUCGGGGUUUCCCAGGACGCCCAAAUACAGGAAAUUCGACAAGCCCACCGCAAGCUCAUCCUCAAAUGCCACCCCGACAAGGUACAAGAUCCACAGCAAAAAGCCAUCAAGCAGGACGAGUUCCAGAGGGUACAGGAGGCCUACGAGAUUCUCAGCGACGAAGUGCAGCGCGAGAAGUACGACGACCAAAUAAAGCUGGCCGAGCUCCGACGCCAAUACCAGAACAAGCCCAACACGUCGGCGCCCCGGUCGACAAAAUACCCCGACAUCGAGAUCCGGACAGCUGAGCCUCGCUCCAAGUCGUACCGCGACGGACCUCCCCCGCCUCCCCAGGGCGUCAAGGUGGCUUAUGCGUUUUCUCGCUCCCACGACGAGACGCGCGGCCCUCGCUACUAUGAGCCUGACGUGCGCAUGCCCCGCCGCGGCGAGAGCUACCACGAGCCAAAGCCAUCAAAACGCGAGGCGGAGAAGGAGCGCGAGAAGAAGGACGAGAAGGAACGCCGCAAGCGCAAGGAGGCCAAGGAGCGUGAGAAGGAGCGCGAGAAGCGAGAGCGCGAUGAGGAAGACGCUCGUCGUGCGGCCAAGAAGGAGGAGAAGCGGCAGCGAGAGCGCAAGGAAGCCAAGGAGAAGAAGCUGAGCAAGGAAGAGAAGCGCCGCGACCGUGAGCCGCAGCACCCCUACAUUGAAGAGGAUCUCUACGACGAGCCACAGCCCAUCCCAAGGAAAUCCAGCCGGAAGCACGAGGACCCCCGCGAGCGAUCAUCGGGCCGAGAUGAGUUCAAAUUGCGCCGUGCAGCAACCGACACUGCUACCAAGGUCGACGCUGCGCGCGCGUACAUCAACAGCUCUCGCGAUGUCCCUGGCGUCGAGCGAUCGCAGAGCUACCACGGCCCGAAGCCACCAGCCGCGCCCACCCCGCCCCCUACGGCUGGUGGCGUUCCCAUCUUCCCGGUGCCUGAGGACGAGGCGAUCCAUCGAUCAUCGGCACGGCCUCGUCGUGGCUCGGCUGACGCGCCGUACGUCGCACGGGAACGUCCGAUGCACCGGUCGUCCCAGGAUCCCAUCCGCGAGGACCCGAAUCUCGCCCACGACUCGCCCGCCGCUCGGAAUGCCGCACGGUACGCGGAGCCCCCCAUGGGCAGCUCGCCACCCCGGGGCAUCAGUCGCACGCACACCAUGCCUAUCCCCGUGCGCCCUGGCCCCCCGCCUAGGCGAGCUGAGACGUUUGCAGAAGACCGGUCGGUGAACCGCGGCCGCGGCCGCUCCAAGAUGCACGCGCAGUAUGAUCUGGACGAGUCCGAGGAAGAGUACUACGAGGAGCCCCGCCACUCGGGCAAGCACCGCAGCUCGAGGAAGACGCGCUCCCCGGAGCAUCCCUCUGCGAUCCGCUACAAGGUCACGAACAACAAGACCACGGUGCAGAACCAGCAGUACUACGGGCGGGAAGCCCCCGAGCGCAGCCGCUACUAUGGCGAUGGGUACUCGUACGAGCCUGCGCGGAGCCACUAUCCCGCGUACAAGGAAUCCAAGCCCAUCCGCGCCGACGACGUCCAGUUCAGCACCUACCACACACGCGGCCCGUACGGUACCGCUCAGGCCUAG